UAGAUGGAAGUCCAUUUUAUACUCCAAACUGGCAGCUUUUGAAUAAAAUGGCCAAUCUUUGCAUCAACUAACUUCGCAUUGACUUGACGAUGACAAUCUAUUUUUCAGGAAAUUAGUAACAGAGAAUUGAAGUAUAAACCACAUACUAAUGACCGAAAUUUACAUGAUAAAGGUCUAAGUGCCCUGCAAUCAAGUGUUCAUUUGCUCAAAAUCAACCAGCAAUCCUUCCACAAACUAUCAUCAUUCCUAACCUUAGAAGCAAAAGUUGGCAAGGUUGAAGAAGCCUCAAUUUAGUAGUUUACUAGUUAAGGCAGAGGUCUUGGGAGUUAAGACCCAAUUUAUUAGCUGUUCCAAAUUCGUUAUGGAGAGCCUUUUCUACUGCUACCCUCUUGCACUUGUUCUGAUGCAAUGCUGUUUCAUUUUUGUCACUUCCACAGCCAUCAUGAUAAGAACAGAUGUUGCAACCGAUCGAUCUGCUCUUUUAGCCCUCAAAGCCCACAUCACUUCAGAUCCUCACCAAUUCUUGUCAAAGAACUGGUCUUCAAACGCUGCUGCAGCUUCUUCUGUUUGUGACUGGAUAGGAGUCGAGUGCGGCUCUCGGCACCUGAGAGUGACUGCUUUGAAUAUUUCAAGCAUGGGACUUGCAGGCACCGUUCCUCCAGAAGUGGGGAACCUCUCUUUUCUUGUUUCUCUUGACAUGGGAAGUAACUACUUCCAUGGAAAUCUGCCCCAGGAGUUGUCACGCUUACGCCGCCUCAAGUUCAUCAGUUUAAGCUCCAACAACUUCACUGGGGCCAUUCCAAUGUGGUUUGGUCACUUUUCAGAACUUCAAGUCUUGGCUUUGUACAACAACGAUUUUACUGGCCUAAUUCCUUCUUCUAUCUCUAACCUGUCAAAACUCGAACAUCUGGAUUUUGGGCGAAAUUCCCUGAGAGGGCAGAUUCCUGAACAGAUUGGGAACCUGCAGAGCUUGAAGUUUCUGAAUCUUGAAAGCAAUCAGCUCACUGGUUCCAUACCCUUGUCCAUCUUCAACAUCUCAACCAUGGAAAAUGUCGGAUUCACUUUUAACAACUUAUCUGGAACUCUUCCUGUUGAUCUUUGCCGCCAUCUUCCACAUCUCAGAGGGAUUCAUCUAUCUUUCAACCAGAUACAUGGUCAAAUCCCAUCAAGUUUAUCUCAAUGUUCACAACUUGAGAUACUGUCACUCACAGGCAACAAUUUCAGUGGAUCCAUACCAAAAGAAAUUGGCAACUUGGAGAUGCUUGAGGGCUUAUACCUCGGAACCAACAAUUUACAGGGGGUCAUUCCACGAGAGAUUGGCAAUCUUAGGAACCUCAAGGAAUUUGGCAUAGAAAGAAACCAAAUCACAGGCUCUAUACCCAGAGAAAUUGGGAAUUUGACCGAGCUUACAUUGAUUGAAUUUGCGCACAACUUCUUAACAGGUGUAAUACCAGAAGAGAUGUCCAACCUUCACAAACUGGAGGCACUUUAUUUAAUAUUCAAUGAGUUAAAUGGCUCAAUUCCGGUUGGGAUCUUCAACCUCUCAACGUUGAGUGUGAUUUCAUUGGGAUUCAAUCACCUCACAGGCAAUCUUCCUUCGAAUAUUGGUAACCAAUGGCCAAAUUUAGAAAAGUUUCAUCUUAACGGAAAUAACAUUGGUGGACUUAUCCCAGCUUCUAUUGUAAAUUGCUCUAAAUUAACCAUUCUAUCCCUUUCAUCAAACCGAUUUACUGGCUCCAUUCCAAACUCAAUUGGGAAUCUUGAACUCCUGGAAUCUCUGUUUCUUUCUGAAAACAAUUUGACCAGCGAUCCUACAUCUUUGGAGCUGGAGUUUCUUACUUCGUUGACAAAGUGCAAGAAUUUAAAGACUUUAGAGCUAGCUGAAAAUCCACUUAACGGGGUUCUUCCAGCUUCGAUUGGAAAUCUUUCUACAUCCCUACAAUAUUUCAAAGCAAGAGCUUCUAAUAUCAAAGGCCCCAUUCCAAGAGAAAUUGGCAACUUGAGCAGUCUACUCUUGAUUUCUCUAGAAGACAAUCAGUUAACUGGAGAUAUUCCAAGAACAGUCCAAGACUUACAAAGCCUUCAGGUGCUGUCUCUCAUGAGAAGCGGGCAAAUUUGGCAUCAAGAAAGAAUCUGA